CAGACGAGAGUACGCUCACACUGAGAGAGGAGGUGGCGGAGAGAAGAGUGUAUGGAGGCAUGCAAGUGAGAGCCGGGAGAGGGAGGGACAGGCAAGAGGGAACGGGAAGCCAGGUGCAUUUUACUGAGUUAAUUAGAGACUUAUAUACUCAUUAGGGAUACAAAAAAGAAAAACUCUAAAAUUUGGGUAGCAUAUGUGUGUGUGUGUGAGAGAGAGAGAGAGAGAGAGAAAGAGAGAGGGAAGGAUCUCUGAGGAUACACGGAUGAGAAGGAAGAGUGAGGGAGACGAAGAAGAGGAGCCCGAGUGUGGAUCGCCCUGGGGGGAGCUCGCACACGCCUCAGACAAGCGCACACACUCCGGCGGGCACUCGGCACCGUUUCCCUGACAACUAGGAUGGGCUGCAAUUUGUGCACCUUGCAGAAACGAGAGGAACACUACAAACUGCUCUACGAGAUUGCACAGGUGAACGGGCGUGACUUCUCCAAGGUUGAACAUGACGAGUCAGUGGUGGAGGCCAUCAGGCGAGACCCCAUCGUUGUCCAGGUUCUCCGGCGAACCCCCGCCAGAGCCACCGUCGUGCAAAGGAGCUGCGGCGCAGCGCAGGACGUGUGUGUGGUCGACGUCUGCACACAAACAGACAUCACAUUCGAGCACAUCAUGGCGCUGGCCAAGCUCCGGCCCGCCACCCCGCCAGUCCCAGACAUCUGUCCGUUCUUGCUCUCCGACAGCUGUCAAUCCAUACACACCUUGGAGCACGACUUUUACGAAUGUCCGGAGUACAUGUCCAACACUCCAGGAGAAGUGGAAAGGACAGAAGAGUACGAGUACGAGGAAGUGGAGCUGUGUCGGGCGAACAGAGAGGAUAAGCUGGGUCUGACGCUAUGCUACCGGACCGACGAUGAGGAGGACACCGGUAUUUACGUCAGUCAGGUACUUAGUAACCACUAUUACAGCUUUGUGCAACAUAAAACUAUUUCCUGUUUUGGUUUUAUUGAAGUAGACAUUUUAAAAGUCACACUCUUAAAAUUCCAGAAUACUCAUGGACAGCUCUUAUUUUUGGGACUCAUUAUUAGUCUCUUUGGAGCGAGAAGUCAUUACGAGGAUUUUACGAAAUCCCAGACCCAUUCCCGUAUCUGUGUUCUAAAGCGGAGAGCGAGUUGAACUGAAUUACGGAGGGAGGCGGAAAAGAACAAUGUUUUGCAGCCAAACAUCAACAGGGAAUGAGACAUGCAUGGCCUAAAAGGAAGUCAUGUUUGAAAUAUGAUUCACUUCCUUCCUUUCUCAUUUUUCACCUUUUCGCAUGUUGUUAUUCUUUUAAUUAGCUCACAGCGGCGGCGGCUCUUGCUUCCUUUUCUCCUCAAAGUUUGAAAUGACUUCUUCUGCCAUUUACUGCCACUCAUCUAAAUACCAAACAUGCAAAGCCAGACAGGAAUGUAUUACAGAGAUUCUCCUAAUUCACAUGAUUGUCAGCUCAGAAAAGAAAAAAAAGAAGAAGAAAAAAAAAAGAUCCCCCUAUUGCAACAGCGUUGAUAAGACGGAAUGGAAACUAAUUAUUGAGCUAUCCAAGAGAAAACCAAAUGAAUGACGGAAUUCUGGGGAACUUGGGCGACGGGAAAUAAAUUAGGAAAUCAUUCAGUCUGACUGCAGGUGCAGUUUCAAUCCUAUUAUGAAGACAAAGACAGGCUGAAAGGAAAAGUAAGAGCUGCUGUGAGGAUUAGCUUUCCCGCACGAGGGCACAGAUGGCAGAAUUACAGCAGUCGAUUUGGCUUGAAUCA